AUGAUUGAGCAGCUCACGGAUGGGCUUGUGCGUCUGACAUUACAUAACGACGCACCUCAUCUCGACGACGACAAUGUUACUCCAUGGCGCAACUAUGGCGACUUUGUGCGCUGGUCACCCGAGCCAAGUCUGCCACACUACUACACGGCACCCAUUGAUAUGCCAUCGCGGCCGAUCCAGGAACAUCUGAUCCAUGUGUUUUUCAGCCAAUGCCAUCCGAUUUUGCCCACGAUUUCGAGGAGCAUGUUUUUCGACCACUUGAAUGUCAAGGGUCCAUUGAUCACACCCUUGUUACUCAACAUUAUGUAUGCGCAUGCAGCCAGACACGUUCAGGACAGUGCUGUUCCGGGGAGCCAUAUUUUUUACAACCGAGCGCGGCGGUUGGUGGAUGAUUUUCUGGAUGUGCCGCGUGUAUCCACGGUGAUUGCAUUGCUGUACAUGGCAUCCUACAACAACAACGAAGAUCCCUCCAACAGCAAUCAUAUGGAUCAUUCACGUGUGCAUCGAUCGAGUCGUGCUUGGAUGUAUAGCGGGAUGGCCGUUCGCAUGUGUCUCGAAUUGGGGUUGCAUACGGCCAAUUACAGUAGUCAAAUGUCACAGUUUGAUGUGGAGCUACGCAAGCGGGUGCUGUGGACAUGCUAUGUGAUGGACAAGUUGGAAAGCUGCAUGACGGAGCGGCCAUGGAUGUUACGUGCCAAGGACAUUGCGUUGGAUUUUCCAACGCCCUUACCCGAAGACGAUGUACAGGAACGCAGUGUGUUGGAAGGAUUUGGUCAGCUCUGUCGGUUGAUGAUUUUGAUGGAACGUGUGAUUCAUUUCUUUGCGUACGACAUCAAGAACAGAAACAACAAUGCAAACACCAAUGGCAGCAACACCAACGGCUUGUGGACAUUACAAGAAGAGAAUCAGACGUUGCGUCUAUUGGACGAGGUUGGCCAGUGGCGCGACAGCUUGCCAGAAACAUUACAAUGGUCACCAUCACACAACAAUGUUCCUGCUUCAUCCAUUGUGACCAAUCUGCAUCUUGUGUAUUACGAUUUAGAACUGUCGUUGGUCAUGUGUUGUCGAUACCAAGACGAACGACUCCAUCGUGAACGACGUCGGACGUUGGCCAAUACAAUCACCCAUCUUGUCUCCUUGACAAUCCACCAUCCCCAUCUCAUGUAUACCUUUGGCCUCACUGCAUUCUCUGCUAUUUUCGCUGCCCUGACGCAUGCAGCUGAUUUCGAGCAUCCCGUCAUCCAAAUCGCCGAGGAUGCGAAAUUGCAGUUCCGCAAGACGUUGGAGGAUGUUCGCGCUAUAGUAGAACAUGUGCCUAUUCGCGACAUGCGUAACUUUGCACGACUGGUCGAUUUGACUUUACAACCACCUCAUGCAACCACCUCAAUCACGGACACGACCUUGCCCUCCAUUCAACAACAACACAUGUCUAAUAGACCAGCAACAACGACCAUGGCGCCUUUCUCUACCACUGCCGGACUUGUCCCAUCACCAUUUGCAACGUUCGAUCCGUCAUGUUUGCCAUCCUCAUCCAGCACCUCUGCAGCAACAAUGGCACAGGCAAAUAAGGGAGCAUCAUCCGGUUCAGUAUCAUCAUCUACUUCCGCGACGGAACCACCCAAGAGUAUUGAGCCAGCCGAUUAUACUUUCGAACUCAUUUCGGUUGCAGAUGAAUGGGCACGGACGCUCAUGUACCAGUAA